AUCCCCGUCACCUCCUUGAGGUGCUCCCUCACGUCCUUCUCCAAAGCCCAGAUGUCCCCCUCAACUUUCCGUACAAGCGUGGUCUUCCGGUUGCCGUGGGUCAGGUCGGUGUACACCGGGAUGUUGUGCAUGCGCGAGCGGCGGAUCAUGUACGGCAGAGGCGGCGGUGAGGCCGCCGGAGGGGUCCACCCUGACGGUGUGGGACCGGCGUGCUGAGGCGGAGUGGGUACCCGGGUCGACGGGAUGAGCCGCUCCACGAACCUGUACUCGUCCGUGGACUCUACAAUCACCGGCUGGGCUGCUCCUGGAGCCGCGGAGCAGACACAUCGGAGCCCCGCAGAGGAGGCGGUAUGUCCCCGUGUUCCGAGCAGUGUCCUGCGGAGCACCGAGGACCGUAGGAUGAAGGAGGCCGCCAUGUUGUGUAGAAAUGUGACGUAAUUGAACCGGAAACACACAUUGACACUUCCUGUGACAUCAAGCAGUGUUAAAAAAAACUGAACGAAUCUUAAUUUUUCAUCAUGUCCAGCUUUAGGAGUCUUUUCAUCAUUCCACUAUUAAAAACAAAUUCAUUAUUUCUUGUUAUACCCGCCCCAACCAAACAUGAAUUCAUAAUUGAUUAAUUAAAAUAAUGAAAAAUAAAACACACUAAAAAAAACUGACAAACCCAAGAAGACCAUGACAGUUUUAUGUUAAGGUUAAAUAAUUGGAAAAUUGAGAGAAUGAAUAGCUUUAAUUUACUGAAACAUUAAAUAUCCAGUGAAAAUUGUACCUGUGAAUGCUAAUGAUCACAUGGUCAGGUUUUUCCUUGAUAUAAACCCUGAAAAGAACAUUUAUGCUCUCUAUCGUGGAUAUAACUCAUAAGAACAUCUGGUGAUACGAGUGAACUGAUAUACAAACUGUGCUCCUGAUUUACAUUAAACUUGAUGACAGCAUCUCAUUGCAGAAAGGUAAAGAUAUAUGUGAUGGAUUACAUAAAUAAACUGGACACUGGACACAGAAGUCUCAGGAGACACUGAAGGCUUACGUUGAAAUAGUUUAUGUAGAACUCAAUCGAGGAUAAAUAACACAACAGUACACAGGCAGGAGAGUGCAGUGCAAUGCCAAGUUAAUUCUGUCUGACAAAUCCUCAGGCAUGUACCUUUAUUCCCCUAGAGAUGACACUACAGUUAGAUAACCAUAUUUGGACAAUAGGAAACAAAACAAUUGGGAAGAAGAGCUGUGCUCUAGUCUGGAGACAGUAAGUUUUUCACAACACAUAGAUUAAGACAGGAGCAGGGAGAAAGACCUUGAUUACACUGACCCUGUCUUGCCUAUCACCCAGCAGCCUUGGCUGACAUAGGAACGAAGUUACUCUGCACUUGACACUUAGACUGAAAAAUACAAGAGUUAAACAUUCUUACAUACAUGUAUAUAAGACUAUGAAAAUUCCAUGACAGUAUAGAGGUUCAAUAUGGUUUAGUUCCACCAGAUCUCCCUGCAUAAAAACACCUGUAUACUCAAGCUGCACACCUGGAUGGAAUGCAGCUGAUUUGUUUUCAGUUACCUGCUGUGGCAUGAAAAAUACCUGCUGUGAAGCUCUUUGAAAACACUAACUAGAGGAAGAUGUGAUGAAAAAAAAGAGUUAAUACCCAGGCUGUGUCAACAUCACAGCAGCUUUCAAACUGAUGUUUUAUAUGUAACACCAAAUAAUUCAAAGUUUCAGCUCUAUACAGUGAAAUAAAUGCUUUUUAAAAUUAUAACUACGAAUCCAAAGGCUCUGUAUUAAAAGCAGGUUUCUUAAAAGAGGGUUUAUUUUAUUUCUUGGACCUGCUUCUCCCAUGGGAGUGCACAAAGAUCUGCUAUCCUGCACAGAAACAUUUCCCUCCCCUGCAGGAUGAUCUGUCCGUUAUAUUUUUGUCAGGAGAGGGAGGUGUAGCGUACAGUUUAACAUGUCGGGGUGAGCUCCAGCCCAAACCAGCAGCGCCCUGGCUCUGCCUUCUUUCACAUAUCUCCUCUCUUUGCUUUCUCUUUCUUCCUCUGCUCCUUGUGAAAACUGGGGAGAAGGGGAAGGUGGAGCGUACAGCCUAACCUCCAAACAGGCUUCUCGCCCUCCUUGUCCUCUUUCAUCUCUCUGCAAACAUUUUCUUCUUCAUGUUGGUGUGUUGGAGGUCAGAGCGAGGAGGGGGUCGGCUUUGGGAUGUUGGAGCUCACUGUGGAGCCUCUCUGAGAUGUCGUGGUCCUCCGAACAAAACACCGGUGAAGGGAGGUUCCCUUUGAAAAUGCUGGUGAAGUGUGGCUCUCACUGCCUCUGUCCCCAUCAUGUUUGCAUGACCAGGGACAUCCUACCUACCUAAACUACCAUGUGCUCACAGCCUACAGCCUCUCAGGGCUCACAUUAAUCUCAUCCGCCGCAGCAGGACAGUUUCCUGACAGAGACAGCAUGGACCUGGAGAGCAGACUGGCUCUGAACAAACUGGGAGACACAGAGGCAGUCACCUCCCCCUCAGGUAAACGAUAUCGACCCAUCAACCUUAACCACUAUGCCACGAAGAAGAGCGCGGCUCAGAGCAUGCUGGACGUGGCUCUGCUGAUGGCGAACUCGUCCCAGCUGAAGACCGUCCUGUACGUGGGGCCUCAUUAUCGCUUCUACAUACCCCUCAUCGUGCUACUGUCCCUGUCCAUCGCUCUGCAGGUCAUGGUGGGGUUGCUGCUCGUCUUCAUAGUGAAGUAUGAUCUGAACGAUGUGAGGAAGCACGCAAAGCUGAACAGGAUGAACAACGUCGCCACGGUCUUUGUCUUCUUCACUGUACUCAUCAACAUCUUCAUCACAGCGCUGGGAUUCGAGGGGCAAGCUCUCAGGCCUGUUCCACCUCAGAUGUCCAUACAGGAGCCUUACUUUCCUCCCGAACUGCCCCUCGACCAGAAUCAGACGGGUUCUGGUUGACCUGUAAUCAUAAAGACCUGUGUCAGCUGCCUGUUUGAAUGUUUUACAUGUGGGUACGAACCUUCAGUUCCUAACAGAAAAACCAGACCACAUUGACGCUGGGAGGCUUCUGUGGAUCCAGAUCUAUCUCAGGACCAAAUCAAACCUCCUCUUCCUCAGAGACCACAGCUCAGGAUCAUAGCUGUUACUCCAUCUGGACUUAAGAUUCACAACCAGACACCUCAUUGUGAAUACGAUACCACUGUCUCGUUUUACUGAGUGAUCCGACCCCUGACCUUUGCAGACAAACUGUGCUGCUACAGACACUUACACCAUGUAAAUACAACCUCUUUAUAACGUUCCUGUUCAUGUCUUACCUUCAUGGAUGGAAGCUUUUUCUUCCUGUUUGUACCUUAAUAAACUGACUUGCUGCUCAGGAGAA